AAGGCGAACUCCCGGAGCGACAUGAACAAGCAGCAGGCCCAGGCGGGUCGAAAAUUUGACCGGUUGGAUUCUCUGCGGGGUUCCACGACCGAUACGAUAUCGGAGGAAACUUUCGGUCCGCUGUCGAAUGUGCGCUUUGCCGUUUUUGCCCUUGGGUCAUCGGCUUAUCCGAAUUUCUGCGCCUACGGCAAGUACAUCGAUAAUAUUUUAGGAGAACUGGGCGGGGAGCGGCUGAUGAAAAUGGCCACCGGCGACGAAAUCUGCGGCCAGGAGCAAGCCUUCCGAAAGUGGGCUCCGGAGGUGUUCAAGGUGGCCUGCGAAACGUUCUGUCUGGACCCGGAGGAAACCCUUUCGGAUCCAACAUUCGCGCUGCAAAGUGAACUAACAGCCGAUACCGUUCGCUUCGAGCCGGUUUCCGAGCAGGAACGACUGGAGGUCAGCCUGUCCAAAUUUCACAACAAAAAGGCCCAGGAAUGCGUUCUCAUCAAAGCGCCCGUCAAUCUGUACGAGGGAUCCAAUGGGUUCGAGCGUUCUACAAUCCGGGUUGAGAUUAAAGCCGAAGGG